AUGCAAAUGAAAACAUGCGAAUAUAUUCUUCAUCAUCUUCUACCACCAGUUCGUCAUGCUUGUCUUCUUGUACCUGAAUUAACAUUGAGUAUAUUAACUUCAUCUCAUCCUCUUUGGCAUGUUCCUUAUGAAGAAGCAAUGACUAAACUAGAUCGAUCCGAUCCAUGGUGGGCUUUUCUUUGGCCUGGAAGUCAAGGAUUGUCUCGUUAUUUAUUAGAUAAUAAAUCAUUAAUUCGAGGACGUCAUGUAUUAGAUAUCGGAUGUGGAUGUGGUGCAAGUGCAAUAGCUGCUAAAAUGGCAGGAGCAGUGAAUGUAAUCGCUAAUGAUAUUGAUAAAAAUGCUCUAAUCGCUACUUGUCAUAAUGCUCGAUUAAAUAAUAUAACGAUCGAUAAAUAUUCUUCUGACAAUAUUCUUGAAAAUUCAUUAUUGACUUUCAAGAAAAAUACAAUCGAUAUGCUUAUCAUUGGUGAUAUGUGUUAUGAUGAUCAACUUGCAAAACAAAUAUUAAAUUUAAUUAUUGUUGCUCGUCAAUAUCAUAUUCAUGUAUUACUUGCUGAUCCAGGUCGAUACAGUUUUAAAUCGAUUGUUUUUAAUCAAUUAAAUGAUAAAAUGAAAUGUACAUGUGAAUAUCCAAUUGUUGAUCGUGAUUAUAUUGAAUCUGAUUUCAAGACAAUACAAAUUUGGACAACAUGA